AUGGCGAAGAGGAAGCGCGACGAGAACGAGCCCGUGCCCGAGGAAGAGCUCGACCGUAUCUUCGGAGACGGCGAGGCUCUGAAGAAGCUCCCGAAGAAAGGGGCGAAGGGGCUGAGCGGCUUGACGAACGAGCUCGUGCGUUUAGGAAAUCUGAACAAGCUGCGGUGGAUGCACCCGCGGGUGGCUUACUACGACGUCCUCGAGUGGUUGCACUCUCAAGGGUGCCCGUGGACUAAAACGACUUGCUCCUAUGCCGCUGGCGCGGGACACCUGGAAAUCCUCAAGUUUGCUCGAGCAAACGGGUGCAAGUGGGACGAAGAUACCGCCAAAUAUGCCAUUACAAACGGUCACCUUGAGGUACUCAAGUGGGCGUGCGAGAAUGGAUGUAAGACCGGUAAGACGAGUCUACUUAUGAACACAGCUGCUUAUCACGGGCGCUUCGAGAUUAUCAAGUAUUUGCACGAGAUCGGGUGCACGUGGGAAGCGAGAACUUGUGCGCUCGCUGCUGAAGGACGAUUCGAGAACCUUGUUCGAGGAUAUCUCGAGAUCCUGAAGUGGUUACGGGAUCACGGCUGCCCGUGGGAUUCGGGUACUUGUGAAUCGGCAAAUCACUAUAAGCACUGGGACUGCCUCAAGUACGCGAUCGAGAACGAGUGCCCCGGGCACGAGGAAUACGCGGACAAACUCCCUCCCGAGUACCGCGCGUGA